UUAGCCCAGAACCCAAGAGCGUGGGUGUUCGCGGCCAUGGCUUCCCGGUCCGUCAUUCUCGGCAUCGACCUGGGCACCACGUCUGUGAAGGCUGCCUUGUUGGAGGCCGCGCCCGGUGACCCGUCUGGGUUCGUGGUACUGGCCAGCUGUGCCCGGGCGGCGCGAGCAGAGGCAGCGGCCGAGAGCGCGGCGGGCGGGGCCCAGGGACGGGAGCAGGAUGUGAGCAAGAUCAUCGGAGCCCUAAAUGAGUGCUUGGCUGCACUGCCCCCUCAGCAGCUCCGGAGAGUUGGGGGCAUCGGAGUGUCAGGGCAGAUGCAUGGAGUCAUGUUUUGGAAAACAGACCAAGGCUGUACGUGGACGCAGGGAGGGGCCGCCCCUGUGGUGGAGCCCGGAGCUGUGAGCCACCUGGUCACAUGGCAGGACGGCCGGUGUAGCAGCAGUUUCCUGGCUUCUCUGCCCCAGCCAGAGUCCCAUCUCAGUGUGGCCACGGGGUUUGGCUGUGCCACCAUCUUCUGGCUUUCGAAGAAUAGCCCUGAGUUCCUGAAGUCCUACAGUGCAGCUGGCACCAUUCAGGACUACGUGGUCACCAUGCUGUGUGGCUUGCCAAGACCCCUCAUGUCUGACCAGAACGCUGCGAGCUGGGGCUAUUUCAACACCCGGAGCCAAAGCUGGAACUUGGACAUACUGAGGGCCUCAGGCUUUCCCGUCCACCUGCUCCCAGACAUUGCUGAGCCUGGCAGCGUGGCAGGAAGAACUUCCCAUGCGUGGUUUGAAAUCCCGAAGGGCACACAGGUGGGCGUGGCCCUGGGGGACUUACAGGCCUCUGUCUACUCCUGCAUGGCGCAAAGGACAGAUGCAGUUCUCAACAUCAGCACCUCGGUUCAGCUGGCAGCCUCCAUGCCUGCAGGGUUCCAGCCGGCGCAGAUUCCAGACCCCACGGCUCCAGUCGCCUACUUCCCAUACUUUGGCAGGACCUACUUGGGAGUGGCAGCGUCACUCAACGGGGGCAACGUGCUGGCCACCUUCGUCCACAUGCUGGUUCAGUGGAUGGCAGAUCUAGGCCUGGAGACUGAAGAAUCCAUUGUGUAUUCCCGCGUGAUUCAAGCAGCUGCACAGCAGAGAGAUACUUGCCUAACCAUCAGGCCCACAGUGUUGGGGGAGAGGCACCUGCCGGACCAGCUGGCCUCAGUGACCAGAAUCUCCUCCUCUGACCUCUCCCUGGGGCACGUGACCCGGGCCCUGUGUCGCGGCAUCGUUCAGAACCUGCACUCAAUGCUUCCGUGUCAGCAGCUCAAGGAGUGGGGCGUGGAGCGGCUGGUGGGGAGUGGGAGCGCGCUGUCCAGGAACGAGGUGCUGAAGCAGGAGGUGCAGAGGGCGUUCCCCUUGCCAGUGUCCUUUGGGCAGGAUGUGGAUGCAGCUGUAGGGGCAGCUCUGGUCAUGCUCCAGAGAAACCACAACCAGAAAGAGUCUUAGCAAACCCUUUGGCUAAAGAACUGCUGUGGAUUUUACCAAUGACCAUUCCUGAGCUCUGGGUGAUCAUUUUCCUGGACUGUUUUGGGGUCAGCUUGUAAGCAAUGCUUGCUCUCAGAGCAGCACCUUGACCAAGAAUUUACUGCUGCGCUUGGAAUAUCUCCUCCAAAACUCAUGUAGGAAUUGGAUUGUUGUUGUGAUGGUA